UGGGUUUGUAGAGUGGGAGAGAGCCGCGCGUGUACUCGAAGCUCUCAGACCAGUCAGUGGCUUCAUGGAGUUAUGCACCUCUGAUGCACCGCCAUGGAUUGCAAUUCGCGAUCGCAGUUUUUCAUGUUACCUCUUUUACUGUCUCUCGUGCUUCCAGCUUUCACCAUCGUUUACCCUCCAAAUGAAGUGAACCUGUUAGAUUCUAAAGCAAGCCAAGGAGAGUUAGGAUGGAUUUCCUACCCGUCACACGGGUGGAGGGAAAAUUGGGAGGAAAUCAGUGGGGUGGAUGAGCAUUAUACACCCAUCCGGACUUUCCAGGUGUGCAACGUAAUGGAGUACAGCCAGAACAACUGGCUUCGCACCAACUGGAUCCCUCGUCAGUCAGCCCAGAAGAUCUACGUUGAACUCAAGUUCACACUGAGGGACUGCAACUCCAUCCCACUAGUUCUGGGCACAUGCAAGGAGACCUUCAACCUUCUCUACUUGGAGACCGAUGACGACCAAGGUAGUCACUUCCGAGAACACCAAUUCUCCAAGAUUGACACCAUAGCUGCGGAUGAAAGUUUCACUCAAAUGGACCUUGGCGACCGCAUCCUCAAACUCAACACUGAAGUGCGUGAAGUGGGCCCCCUGACCAAGAAGGGCUUCUACCUGGCAUUCCAGGACGUGGGUGCCUGCGUCGCUUUAGUCUCUGUGAGGGUUUACUUUAAAAAGUGCCCAAACACAGUGAAGAAUCUGGCCUCCUUCCCUGACACGGUGCCAGUGGACUCCCAGUCACUGGUUGAGGUGAAAGGUUUAUGCGUCAAUAACUCAAAAGAAGAGGAACCUCCGCGAAUGUACUGCAGCACAGAGGGCGAGUGGCUCGUGCCCAUUGGAAAGUGUCUGUGCAACGCAGGCUACGAAGAAAGGAGCAGCACCUGCCAAAUGUGCCGGGGUGGCUUUUACAAGUCCACACUGGGAAACGUGGAGUGCUCCAAGUGUCCACCUCAUAGUUAUGCUCACCAUGAAGGGUCACUGCAUUGCGGAUGUGAGAAAAACUACUUCCGUGCCGAGGGAGACCCAGCCUCCAUGGCCUGUACACGCCCUCCCUCCGCUCCUCGUAACGUUAUCUCCUCCAUCAACGAGACCUCCGUUAUCCUAGACUGGAGCUGGCCAGAGGACACAGGUGGCCGCAGGGACCUCACCUUUACUGUCCUCUGCAAACGAUGUCGGGCCGGAGCCGCAAAUGGAAGCAAUGGUGGCAGCCCGCGAUGUGAGCCCUGCCGAAGCAAUGUCCGCUUUCUUCCAAGGGCCACGGGCCUCCAAAACACCACCGUGACAGUAGGAGACCUGCUAGCUCACACCAACUACACGUUUGAGAUUGAGGCACAGAAUGGAGUCUCGUCACUGGCGCCCAAGAUGAGGCAGUAUGCCGCUGUCACCAUUACCACCAAUCAAGCCGCUCCCUCUCCAGUAAUAGUGAUCAAAAAGGAGAAGACAUCACGGAAUAGUGUUUCGUUGUCUUGGCUGGAGCCAGAGAGACCGAACGGCAUUAUUCUCGACUACGAGAUCAAAUACUAUGAAAAGGAGGAGCAAGAGACCAGCUACACAAUCCUUCGGGCCCGGGGUUGUAACGUGACUCUGAAUGGUCUUAAGCCCAACACUGCCUACCUACUGCAGAUCAGAGCCCGCACAGCUGCUGGCUACGGAGCCAGCAGCCCCAGUUUUCAGUUUGAGACCAGUCCUGACUCAGCCUUUUCCAUCUCCAGUGAGAGUAGCCAGGUUGUUCUGAUUGCGAUUUCCUCAGCAGUGGCCAUCAUCCUGCUCACUGUGCUGCUCUACGUCUUGAUUGGCAGGUUUUGUUGCCACAGCAAAUCCAAACAUCCUGAUGAGAAAAGACUGCACUUUGGCAACGGCCACCUGCGUCUGCCAGGUAUCAAGACCUACGUAGACCCCCACACAUAUGAGGACCCAAGCCAAGCCGUGCAUGAGUUUGCAAAGGAGCUGGAUGCCUCCUGCAUAGCCAUUGAUAAAGUGGUGGGAGCAGGCGAGUUUGGUGAGGUGUGUAGCGGUCGUCUGAAGCUACCCAGCAAGAAGGAGAUCUGUGUGGCCAUCAAGACUCUAAAAGGAGGAUACACGGACAAGCAGAGGCGGGACUUUCUUGCCGAAGCGUCAAUCAUGGGACAGUUUGACCACCCCAACAUCAUCAGGCUCGAGGGUGUUGUGACACGCAGUAAGCCUGUCAUGAUUGUCACGGAGUACAUGGAGAACGGUUCACUGGACAGCUUUUUAAGGAAACACGACGCCCAGUUCACUGGAAUUCAGUUGGUUGGCAUGCUGCGUGGCAUCGCCUCAGGAAUGAAGUAUCUGUCAGACAUGGGCUACGUUCACAGAGACCUCGCUGCACGAAACAUCUUAGUCAACAGUAACCUGGUGUGUAAAGUGUCAGACUUCGGCUUGUCGAGGGUCCUGGAGGACGACCCCGAGGCUGCUUACACCACACGGGGAGGUAAGAUCCCUAUCCGGUGGACAGCUCCAGAGGCAAUUGCUUACAGGAAGUUUACAUCAUCGAGCGAUGCUUGGAGUUAUGGCAUUGUGCUCUGGGAAGUCAUGUCGUAUGGGGAACGGCCUUACUGGGAGAUGUCCAAUCAAGACGUAAUAAAGGCUGUCGAUGAGGGCUACCGCCUUCCCCCGCCCAUGGACUGCCCCGCUACGCUUUAUCAGCUGAUGCUUGACUGCUGGCAGAAGGAAAGGAACAACCGGCCCAAGUUUGAACAGAUAGUCAGCAUCCUGGACAAACUCAUACGCAACCCCGGUAGUCUGAAAAUUACAGCCAACACCACAUCAAGGCCGGCCAACUUGUUGCUGGAUAGAAGUAGUUCAGAGGUUCCCUCAGUGGGGACGAUGGGUGACUGGAUGGAUGGAAUGAGGACCUUGCCCUGCAAUGAGGCCUUCUCUGGGGUCAGCUACAGCUCCUGCGAUACCCUGGCCAAGACUUCCACAGAGGAUUUGAAAAAGGUUGGAGUGACAAUUGCAGGACCUCAGAAGAAGAUCGUGAGCAGCCUCAAAGCCCUCGAAUCUCACACCAAGAACGGUCCAGUACCUGUUUAAAAAGAAGAGGCCACCAGAGGAAAACCACCCCGUUGGUGCAUCAGCAGAUUGUUGGAGCUAAUUGCUUGCUAUGACACACUGUGUAUCCAUAGUGACGAUGGCAGAUGACUCAUAGGGAAUUCAAGAAAUAAGGGGCUUUUAUUUGACGCAUAAAGUCUUGGCAGAGAAAUGGGAAGAGCCCAGAAUAGCAAACCAGUCAACUGGCUGACUGCUGAACUCCCCGUUGUCCCGUGAUCCAGCUGAGAUGCCUUACAGACACAAAGAGUGGCUCAGGGUUGGGUUUUAACGAUGCAUAUGAGAACUAAAACAGCCGAGCAGAACUGGUCAGGGAUAGAGACAAGUUGGCUGGACUGGGAUAAACGGGCGAACAAAGGUCAAAGCAGCAGCUCCAGGUAGCAGUCAAGGUGGGCGGCGCUUCCGUCCAUAUCCUGCCAGCCUGGGGUGCUUGGUGGCUCCUCCCAACAGAGCUGAUCGGCCACCUGUGCAGAGCACGACAACGGCGUGGCUCAACUGCCCUGUGUGACACGUCAUGGAGGACAGCAGCAGCAUCUGAUCCAGUGUGGACCCUUCCUGGACUGAUGAAGUCUUGAGAUUCUUUUGCAACUACCCAUGGAUGAAAGCAAAUCUGUUGUGAUCGUUAGGAUUCCGUAGACCUGUCACAUAAAAGCAAUAAUUAUGAUAGUCAGAGAUGAGCGUGCAUCGUUCGAAAGCCAUAACCAUGCUACACUCCCAGUGGAUUGAACAGUAAGCUUUGAAGGCGCAGGAGCAAUAACAUACUUCACACUCUUUAUAUGACAAACGUAAGUUCAAUAUGAUACAAGCAGAUGUUGUAACGCUAUAGUGCUGUUCCUGCAACCCGGCAACCUUUUGUGUGAAAUCUCAGGAUGCGCACGUCAUUUGAUCUAUAUUUUCUCUAACACGCGGAAACAGAUGAAGUGAACAGAGCGAACCCAAGCAGGAAAAAUUGAGAGUGCACGGUAAGAGAGACGAGAGUGAGAAAUUGUUAAGUUGGAAAUGAGACGUAAAAGACGAAGCUGUGUUUUUCCACAACUCUCCUUCAGAUAAUAUUAUUGUUUAAUGGAGGUUUUGCACUCCAUGUGUAAUUGUACUUGAGUUUAUUUUUCUGGGAAAGAAAAGUUUCAUUCAGCAGCUCACAUUCUUGAGUGCGUAAAGAUGGGCAUGCAGUGAAAACAGUGAAAAUGUAAGCAUUUUGUUUACCCGAUUCUGAGUCAGGCAAUGUAGGAAUAUAGCGCCGUUUCUAGUCGGGUAGGGCCUCAUCGCACGAUGAUCUGAUGAAUUGAAAUUUGCUAUGCCGUGACCGUUUUCCUCGAGACUGUUACAAUUUGAUCUUGCAAAAGGUAGAUGAACAGUAGGCUACGUACAAACCGCGUCAAAACCAAAUGACAAGGGAAGCAUAAUUAUUGUUAGCUUUGCUUUUAGCAUCAAUAUUUCUGCGAAUGAAAAGACAACGCUUUCUCUUGGUUUGUUUUUGACAGUCUGCUGCGCUUUAAAAUGGACUCUCAGACAGGACUGAAAUAGAACAACAGUGACCCCAAAAAUGUGCAAGUUGUGGCCUUCCAUCUAAGGCUAUGUGCUCACAGAGCGCACGUUAAAAUUCAGCACCGACAAUAAAUCCAACAGAGUAUGCCCGUCUUAAAUGGAGAGCAACACAGAAACUGUGAUUGUGAUAUAAGAAUGCAUAAUGGUCUCCUGUCUUUAGUCUGACAACACGUUUAACAGAAGCCAAGGGAAUACUGUAAAGCAUUUCUCUUGAACAAGCUGUCGAUCCGGGGGAGGGUGCUGGUGGAUGUUGAGUGCCUCAUGUGGUUGGGUCACGCUGGGAUCACCUUGCAAACACUCCUGUUUUGGUUUAACCCAAUAGGAUUUUGCACCACCACCAUAUACAAAGUGUGAAGUUUUCCUUCAAACUGCUAAUAUGAGAUCCAAAUACAUAUGUCCAGAAAGGGAUUCCCUGAAUGCACCCUAGAUUUGGAUAGUCCACAGUAUCGAGGUACAUCUGCAUGGAUUCUGGUCUGUGACUCGUGACCAAUAUUAUGAACUGCUACUACUCGAUACUUUUGGAUAAGAAACAUUCAACUACUAGGGUGCACUCGAAAUGCACUUAGUACACAAUGUGUCAGCACUUUCCUUGACCUAGGAAUUUUUUUUGGCUUGGCUGGAGAUUAAAUUGAACCAAUGAACAGAAGAAGACGUUUGUGCUUUUUGGGAAAAGCCAGAUCUGUUCAUGGUAUCGGUAUAGCCAGUGUUCGACCUGUGGAUGCUGCUGUUGCUGCUAUGUGAUCUGUACAUAAUGUAAACCAUCAUAACGAUAUAGCAACUAGCCCGACAGAUUCUGCAAUAUGUACAUGCCAUCCUUCUUUGUACAAAUUUUUGUAUGUAUAAAAAAAAAAAAGGUUACAAAUUGUGCAGCAAUUUUAAUGAAAAAAAAAUCGAAAAGCAUCUGUAUUAUACUUUAUCUUGUUUUGAAUUGUAUUUGUCAGCCUGUUUUUAUUUUCUACAAUAAAAACGCAAUUGUUGUUACAUAAUUAUUUAUUUGUUAACAUUACACAGCACAGUAUUUUUUGUCGUCGUUUUUUUUUUUUUGUUUUUUGUUUUUUUAAGCUUACAGUAAAUUAUAUGUCAGUGUUACCUGAGUUUUGUUUUUGACUUAUUUUAUCAACCUGGGACAUCUGAGAGAGCAAUACUGUUAUGCACCCCAUAUCCAGAAUCCUUCUUUUCUGUCUCAAGACUGACCCGUGUGUUUGUGUGAGUUUACGUGUUCGAACGUAGAUGGCCUUGUCAACUAAUGUAAAAGGAUUUGUAGUGGAAACAUUUAUAUUUUUAUAAUAAAUAUUCUCAAAAUAUUUUCCAAAAAA